CCCAUCGAUUAAAAGGCUGCCCCCUCCACGCCGUCGCGGCUGCAGCCUCCGCCACGAUGCGUCUCGAGGCCGAGCUCCACAUGCGGGCCCUCGCGCGCAAACAGAAGCGCGACCUGGCCGCCCAGGCUGCGGUGGGCACCGGGCUCGCGGCCAGUGAGCACGGCGACUCGUCGACGGAACACUCGAUCCGGCAGAUCGGCCUUGGAGGCCAGGAGCGCAGCGUCAUGGACGCGCCCAAGGGCAACCCCUGGGACGCGCUGUCAGGUGGCGGUGACACGACGUACGCGAGCUCGCGGCGCACGGGCCGGAGUACGCCGAAACCGGCGCCGCGGCCCGUCGCCAUCGUCCGGCGCCCAGCAUUACCGCCGGGCGAGCAGGACUGGCUUUUAGAUGAAGCGAACGAAAUGGCGCCGCCGCGCGGCCCGCCGCCGCGCGCGCUCGGCCAGCCCUUCGGCCGGAAGCUCGUGAGUUUUGAAGGAGACGGCAAGUCCAUGGGCAACUCGACCUUCAGUAGGAACCCCUGGGAGCACGCCAAGAAGAUGGAGGCCUUCUUCACGGGCAUCCCGCCGCCGCGAAAGUCGCUCCUGCCGCCCGAGAGUUCCGUCGACUGGGAGACGCAGUCGCACGCCUUUGGGCGCGACCACAGCGGGUUGACAAAUGAGGCGCGCCACGCGGCGCUGGGCAACCGUUUCGCGGACCCCGAGAGGGGUGCUACCUUGACUUUGAGACGGGCGUUGCCGCUCGCGCGGUGCUCGACGCCAGCUUUGGCGUUCCGGGCGCCUCCUAGGAAAGAUGCCGGCGCCUUCUCGAGAGACUUCCUGAAACGGACGCGGACGGGCACCGUCGAGGAGCGGUACCACCAGGCGACGCACAAGAAGAUGAAUAUUAGAGGAACGGGCUGCAUCGUCGACCGCGACCCGGGCAUCUCGUGGGACAUGGCCUGUCAGGCGCACGAGGACGCUGGGGCAUUGGGCGGGCCCGACGUGUUCGGCGUCGUCGACGACGGCGUGCUGCCGCGGCGGCCGGCGGGCGCGGCGCACGUGCACUGCGCCGUCUACGGCCAGGUGUUUGGGGGGCCGCCGGUGGACGUGACGAUGCAUUAUGAUCGCCAAACUAGAGGAUUUACCGAAGAAGAAAGACGCAUGUUCCUGCUGACGGGCGAGCGCAAGCGGCGGCACUCGGAGCGGCGCCAGCUGCGGACGCGCACGAUCCCGGGCUUGGGCGAGUAAACAUACAUCACGUUA